CCGAUGGUGCUCGGGAGAAUAUGCAAUUCCCACGGCCCAACCCCCUCUGACUUGAUGUGAGGACGGCGUCGGGUCAAAUUUUAAAGCGUGAUCCAACCUCUUUGCCCCAAGUUGUUCCGAGGUAAUAAGUCGAAUGCGAUUUACGUGGCAAUAAUGCCCAAGUUAAUAUAUAGGGUUUGGUUGGGGCAACUAGAUAACUCCUACCCACUCGGUCUUUUCCAAAUUUCCGCAGUCUGCGUGGGUUGCGCUCGCGUGCAAUCUGUCAUCGAUUGAUCAAAACCGCGCAAACGUCAAGCCUGAUUCCAGAAUUUAACUUAGAAAACCUCUCCCCCGCCUCAAUUCGUUGGAAUUUUCGCUGCUCCUAGCUGGUUUUGAAACAGAUUUCUCAUUCUCCAAAUUUUUUUUCUGGCACAUGUGCUUGAUGUGGUUAGGUUUACUCACGUCAACCAUGUCGCAAUGUCGUCGCGCCCAACCAACUUCGUCAACCACCCUGGACCCUCCGAAGCGUCUAUCAUACUUCGUCAUCUGUCCCAACCUCACCUUAGGUCCUUUUGUUCUAGAUCUCGAAGGUGCCAAAAUUGUCGAGCAACUCCGGUAUAAAAUUUAUCAGAAGCACAAGCUGCUGCGCGAAUAUUACGAUUACAGCGAGCUUGUCGUGUACAAGGUAAGUAGGCUCUUCUGUCUGGAGAAUGCUGUGCUCAUCCAAAGAAGCCUGAUAAUUUGACGUGGA